CAGCAAGGCAUAAUCACAUCUUCAUAAAGACCAGCUCGCAACAGGCCUGACUCAAAAUAUCCGACUAGAACCUCUAAUCAAUGACAAACACAACGGAAGCUCUCAACCGCUGGGCCCUCGUAUCCUCUCUCUACGGCCCCGGCACUUUCUGGAGCUGGCUCAUCAUCGUAGCCUCCGUCUUCAUAAGCUGGACCAUCAACCCCGUCACAAAACGCUCAGACUCAAUCACAAAUGACUUGAUCGCAGCACUUACACUACCUGUAGUCGCAGCUGCAGAUGCACUCUAUCAACUUGCGAAAUAUGACCGCCCUGAUCGUCCACGGUUGCUUCUGAGUCAUUCACCAGAGGAUAUUCAACUCGUCGCUGCGCUUGAAGCCCCGCUUGCUAUCUGCGAAGUUUACGUUGUACUGGCUAUAUUCCUCCACAGCGCUGCGUCUCGGACAUAUCAGUGGAAGCGUGUGGGUUUUGUUACUGUUUCGACUCUUUUGUGCUUUUCGCCGCAGUUGGUUAUUUUCUUUACAUAUCCUGAUCUUCCUGUCUCGAGAAGUACAUUCGCCAGACCGUUUCUGUUCAACUUCGUGCUUGCGUUGGGAUUCAUAUCGGGGAUCAUGGCUAUCAUGACGGGUGUAUCGAUUAUUCGAACAGUUGUUGUUACGGUCUAUCGCAAAGCAAAGCCUCCUAGUAGCGAAGGCCAAGACUUGUUGAAGGAAAGGCGCAGCAGGUUUGAGAAAUGGUCGAAUAUACUCGCAGCAGUUCUCAUCGCAAGUAUCAUCUCCAUGGUCAAAUAUGGGUUUGUUGGCAAUACACAGUACUUUGCUGGAAGGGUGCUCGGAUACCAGACUCGUAUAAUGAGAUUUACACCAAAGAGUAACGUCUCUCUUACGGAUUUGGAUCAGAUUGUUGCGUUGGCAGGUGGAGGAAUCACACUGUUGUUUAGUGUUUAUGAUGCUGCGAAGGGUUGGCGAUUGUCUUCUCAUGCCGAGAGUGGGAAUAAUGGCUAGACAAUUAACGGUUCCUGAGACAAAUACAAUUAUAGAGAUUUCUUCGUUAUUCUGGGCUCUCUACAUAGAUGGCGUUGACUAAGUAGUUCUCCAGCUUUCAUGAGACCUAGGGGGCCAAAACUCUAUUUGACUUCAAGAUAUAUACAACGUUACUGCUGACAGAAGUCAAACAUCACAUCUUGUUCAUUAGCAUUGUAAUAAUUUCAUCGG